GGCCGCGGGUCAUCCGUAGUACCUUCGUACGGUGUCGGCGAGACUCGGAAGAGGCGAGUGGAAAGGAUCGCUGGCCGAAAGUGCGCGCGAUCCCUUUCGGAACUACUAUACUGCUAGCCGCUGCGGGAAAGCGAUCCGGUGUGAUUAUGCAUGCUGUCGUGGCGUUUUGAUAAACCCGUCUAGGUGAGACCACGCCAAGUUGUAACUAUGCACUGGUGAAAGACACGAUUCGGGCUGCUCAGAUGUUUCCGAAAAGCAGAAUGCUGCUUGCGGGACGACUUUGCGUUGCCUUGCUGCUAGCAGCCGUUGUCGCUGCUGAAGACAAGUGCCCCGUGAAUGCGUGCGGUGAAAGUAGUUGGCCCAACGGCCGGCCGCAGCCUCAAGUGUCGGCGCGCUUGUAUGGCCCUGGCCUUCGAGGAGACUUCAACCUUCCAGCCAGAUACUUCUUUGUACUCGUCGUCGACGCUAGCGGCAACAACUUUACUGCAGCAACCUCGACGAAUCUGAGCGUGUCUAUCACGGGAACCAACAGCCACUGCAGCAUUUGGACACAGGUCCUGAAUCGAAGAGACGGACUUUUCAUUGUUCGUUACAAACUCUUUAGAAGUUGUCCUGAAGCACAAGUGGAGGUCAGCUUCAAUGGAUCUCCCCUUACGGAGGCGCCAGUUUUGAUCAAAGGACCUCUCCACCAUGAUGCUUGCAGUUGUCCUGUUUCUUUUGACAAGUGGCUGUUGCAAACAAAAUGUCCAGUAGUGGAUCCUCAGAUCCUAAAGGAUCUUGCGUGGUUUGAAGAGAUAGACAUGAAGAAGAUGCUUCGUGAAGCCCUUCGUCGAUUUGACCGCCCUGGUUCUGUUAGUUUUUGCCAUUAUGCUGUUGUUAAAAACCAGGUUUACCGAAAGUGCUAUGGGCAACAUGUUGGCUUCAACAUGUUCAUGGAUCAGAUACUGUUGUCCCUUGCUAGAAAGGUGCGUCUUCCGGAUAUUGAAAUGCUUGUAAACCUUGGUGACUGGCCACUUGAGCAAAGAAGCCACUCCGGAGUCCACAUUCCAUUUUUUUCAUGGUGUGGCUCAAAAAGCAGCACAGAUAUUGUCAUGCCGACCUAUGACAUUACAGAAUCAUCUCUCGAAAUGAUGGGCAGGGUGACCUUAGAUGUUCUCUCUGUGCAAGGGAACAGUGGGCCAGCUUGGAAAGAAAAGCGCCCAUGUGGGUUUUGGCGAGGACGUGACAGCUGCCCUGAACGCCUUGACCUUGUGGCUCUGUCGCGCCGCCACCCAGACCUACUGAAUGCUUCUCUCACAAAUUUUUUCUUUUUUCGGGACAAGAUGGACAUCUAUGGUCCCCAGACCAGCCACGUUUCCUUCUUUGAUUUUUUUGAGUACAAGUACCAAAUCAACGUGGAUGGCACUGUGGCUGCUUACCGGCUUCCUUACCUCCUGGCUGGCUCUGGUUUGGUGCUGAAGCAAGAAUCUGAGUACUAUGAGCAUUUCUACUCUCGCAUCUCGCCCAUGGUGCAUUAUGUGCCCGUUCAGCACAACCUCACUGACCUAAUCGAAAAGCUGACCUGGGCACGUGGCCAUGAUGAUAUUGCUCAGGGAAUUGUCAAGGAAGCCCAACAAUUUGCAUUGGAUCACCUCUUACCACACCAUGUGUUUUGUUAUCAUGCACAGCUUUUCCAUGAAUACUCGCUGAAGCUAAAGCGACGUGUUCAAGUUUCUGAAGGCAUGGAACAUGUGGCGCAACCUCAUGAUAAGCAUUCAUGUGACUGCGGAGACCAGCAGAGGACCCACAAUGAGUUAUAGCCAAAGAUACUGCAUUGACCAAAAGGAACAGCAAUCAUCUCGUAAGUGUAGCUGUGUUUCAUGACAUAUAUUAGCACGAAAACAAGUGUACAAAUUUCGUAGAAAAAGGCAACAUGUAAAUAUAUGCAGUUAGACAGUAUCCUUAAACGAGUGCUGGGACAUUUUCAAAGUUAUAAUAUUUGGUAAGAAUACUGCUUCUAUACCCUAUGGAUGUACUUGCAUGUGGCAACAUCUGUGAUUACAGAAACAUGGAGAAAUAGUGAGUUAUGCCAUUAUGAUGCAUCAACUAGUACAUACUACUGGGUACCAAGGCGUCUAAAACAACAAAUCUCAUUCGGCAUCUUUGAUAAUUUUUAUGAUUCUCUAAAUACCAGUGUGGUUCUGGAGCCACUCUGGGUUCAAGUGAGAGAUGUUUUAAACCACUUGAAUGGCCAUAUGUUCUCUGGAGCACUGAGGAAGAAGUGGGAAAUUGGAGGAACUUCCUGUAAUGAAGUGCCACAGUUGGGUGCAUGGCACUUAUUAUACUAAUUAUUGCUGUAAAAAAAAUCGGUGCACAAGCAGUGGAACAAGUAGAUUAAAGUGGAAAGUCGGACUAGUUGGUAUGAAUUAGUGAUAAAAAACAGCCCAUCAUUAUGAGGGACGGGUUGUAAAGAAAUAGCACCUGCCCUUUUUUCUUUUCAAUCUGUUCAUCGUCUAUAUGUAUGCACUGUUUCGAUGAGGAAGAGGUGGAGUCCUGGAAGUAGUAAUAGAAUAGGUGUUUGGGCUGUUCCAGUGGUAAGACGUAUUGAGAGCCUAUUUGGAGUUGUGAAUUAAUUGGCUAAGACUAUUUGAGGUGUCCCUAUUCGGCUGUACAAGGCUGGCCCUUUGGGACCAUUUUAGAGUGCUCAAGAAGGAACAUUUGAAAAUGCCAACAUUGAAUUAUUAUAUUAAGUACCGGCUGAUGCUAGCCUGUAAUUUUUUUAUUUCUUUCCUAGAGGUUGGGGGCCCCAGAAUGCCAGUUAUUCUAUAAAAAUAUAAUGUCACUACGUACUUCUUUGAAGUAAAUUGAAGUAAAACUGUCAUGUCUACGGAUCCAUAAAUAUCUCUGCAAAGAUGGCAGUCUUCGCAAUGAAAAGUGCCUAGAAACUUUUUGUUCUGGUAGAAUACUCAGUGGUGUUGGAUGGAAAAUGUAAUCAAGUGAUGUGAGUCUUCAGCGCAGAUAGUGGAAUUCGGGUGAUGUCUUGAUACUAGAAUGGGAACCAUAUUUUGCUUGUGAGGCAGGCAUGCAAACCUUAUCGUUUGUUAUUCAACCCCGUGCACGGAUUUUUCACCUGAAUGCUGACUAAAGAAGAAGCUGUUAGUAGGACAAAAACUAAAGUAGCUCCAUUUUAAUGCUGAUCUUUCAAUGCGGCUAAUGCUCGACCACCUAUUCCAAGAAAUGUGCAAAGAAAUACUAAUGUACAAGAUUUUGCUGUUACUCUAUAGAAUAUGUUCUGUUACCGUUUGUACAUUGCCUGCAUAGCAAUACAACUUCCACAGAAACUAUUGACACUAUUAGGAAAGUCUUAGAACUAGUGCUAUUCCUCAUUCUUACCCUCUGCCUAUCCCCCUCUCUCUCUAUCUAUCUUUGUAAAACUUUUUGAUGAUAUAGGUGUUGUUCUACCAUUGGAAGGAACUGCUAAGAAUAAACACAGUGCAUCAUAAAAAUUUUUGUCUGCAUGAUACAAAGAACCUGCUGCAAUGUCUGUGCAGCUUUCUAUUCAUGUUGCCAUUUAGUCUCAUUUUUUGAGUAACAUAAUGCACGAAGGUGCACUUGUGCACAUAUACAGGCUGCUGCAGUGUGUAUGCUCACUUAUGACAUUAACAUAAGACACUUGUCAGUAGUAUACUGAUUGUAUGCAAUGGAAGGAAAGGUAUCUUAAGCAUACUCGCUAUUAUAACUGCAAACUGUAAGGGACUCUUGAUAUUUGUAGAUGCAGUGACAAUGCUUUUCUUUCGAAAUAAGUAGUUGAGGUGCUCUGCAUGAUUGUUUACAAAAAUAUUUGUGCUAUUUUAACUGUCAUUGUUAAAGAAAAUUGUGUCUGAUGGUAUGGAGCGCUAUUUAGAUUCGCUCUGUGAUUGGCUGCUUUCUGCUUCAAUGUUUUCCUUUCUGAGAUAACAUUAACAUAUUUGCCAGUAAACUUCUUUAAAACAUAACUAAACCUUAAGGGAUGAUGCUACUUAAAUAUGCUAUUUCAAAAAUUUAUGAUCUAGAGCAAUAAAACUGUUACUAUUAAUUGCUUUUUAUGCCAAUUUGAAAUGCAUAAUCAGUUUUAUAGACAGUAACAUAAGUAUUAUUUUGUACCAUGACAACGUUUAACAUGUAGGCAUUUUUGCCCCUGGUUUCUCUUUUUUUUUUAUAACUGCAAGCAAAUCAUCACUCGUAUUCCUUUGCAUAAACUGUAGAAUCCUGUAAGUUUGCUAAAAAGUAUGUAAAAUAUAAUGACAAAGGUGCAAAACUAGAACAUGAGAAGUCUUAAAACCCUCUAUCCCAGCGAAAUAUUAUAGUUUUAAAUUUUAGCUUGCAGACCUUGAAUUGAUUGGGUUUACCAUACAUACUGUUGGUUACAAAAAAUAAAAUCUCUGUACCAUCCGUAAUAGCGUACGACAUAUGUGCAGUGUCAACGAAUGAGAGCAGUAGCGAAUGUAAAACUUUUUACCUGCUCACUCACCUGCUAUUCAUGAAAUUUUGCAAGGCACUGCUCCUUGAAAAAAAAAAAAAAAAAAACUUGCUUUUAAGGUAAAAUUCAAAGUUCACAUGCAUUGUAAAAUGUCUUUGUUUGUUAUUUCAUUCCUCAAGGGAGCUCAGGCAACCUUGGUUGUUAUGACAAUGUACAUCUACUAAAUUCCUCACUCAGACAUCAUCAUGGCAACAUCAGACAUCAUGACAACAUCAAGCUGCCACAGUGUGUGUAUAUGUGAUUUCUUGACAAUUCACACUUUCUUUGAAGGGCCAGUAAACAAUUCCAAGGUUCAAAAAGUUUAAUGUAGAAAAAUAUGUGCACUUUUGCUAUUCGAACAUGCUGUCGCAAGAAUUUUGCGAAUAUGUGCCAUAAUAAGGAAGUUACAGGGGUUAAAACAUCUGUUUCAACCGGUUUCAAAUUUUCGUGUGGCCACUCGCCACCUUUUUUCAUCAUAGGGAGGGGAAGGAGUAGCCCGUCGUCA